AUGUCUCACUACCAGCACCAAAAAUUUCCUGAAGAUAAGAGCAAAGUGACUCCAAUUAUACCACCAAUGAAGAACAACCAUGAACAUAAGUCUUGGAAGCUGGGUAGUGAUUGCUGCUCCUGGGAUGGGGUCACUUGUGAUCGAUUAACAGGUCAUGUGAUCGGUCUCGACCUUAGUUCUAGUCAGCUGAUUGGCAAAAUCCAUGUCAACAGUAGCAUCUUCCUUCUUCAUCAUAUCCGGAGCCUCAAUCUUGCUUGUUAUGAUUUCAUGUUUUCCGAAAUCUCUUCCAAUUUUGCACAGUUCACAAAAUUGAUACAUCUUAACCUUUCUUCAUCUAAUUUCUCUGGAUUAGUUCCAAGUGAAAUUUCUCACCUCUCCAAGCUGGGUUCACUUGAUCUCUCUGACAAUAAUGCUGGUCACGGACUGGAAAUUGGCCAACAUUGUUUUAAUAAGAUCUUGCAAAACCUCACAGAAGUAAGAUAUCUUCUUCUUGACAAUGUGAACAUGUCUUCUGUUGUGCCCGGUUUCUUGGUGAAUUUCUCUUCUUUGAUAUCUCUGAGUCUUAGUAAUACUCAGCUGCGACACGAGUUCCCGAAUGGUGUUUUCCGCCUUCCAUUUCUUCAGCAGCUAAGUUUGUCUAGAAACGGAGGUCUCAUAGGCAAUUUACCAGAGUCUAACUGGAGCAGUCCCUUGAGGUUGUUAGAUCAAUCUUUAACAAAAUUUUCAGGAAUAUUACCUGAAACAAUCGGAGAUCUUAUACACUUGAAUGUGUUAGAUUUUCUUAUUGCAAAUUCACGGAUUCAAUUCCAAGAUCAUUUGGAACCUCACAGGAAGCUCACUCGUCUAUCAUUUGCACACAACAGUUUUUCCGGACAAUUUCCAGAUGUUUUGGGCAACCUCAGCAAAGUGAUUGAAAUAUAUCUCUUUGAUAACAAUUUUAGUGGUCAACUGCCAUUAUCAGCAUUCAAUCUCACUCAGGUUUCUCAUUUACACUUUUCACACAAUGAAUUUGUGGGUCAUCUUCCUUAUCAAAAACUCUGCUCUCCUGAACAAAGCUCUGCCUUCUCCGUUUCAAGAAACUUUACCAUUAAUGAGUAUUCAAGUUUUCUAAGACAGAUUCCUGGAAAGAGGGUAGUGAUUGCUGCACUUGGGAUGGGGUUACUUGUGAUAGGUUCACCGUCAUGUGAUUGGACUUGA